CUCCUCCUGCGCCUUCCUCCCUCUGCCUGCGCGGCUGGAAUCACAGGCCCUGGUCACACACUCAGCUCCAGGACAAUGGCCGCUCUGCACACGCUGCGGAUGGGACUGGUCCUGCUAGGGGUCCUGGGAGUCCUGCAGACGCGGGCUCAGCCCCAGGUCUCCCUGCAGCCCAACUUCCAACAGGACAAGUUCCUGGGGCGCUGGUUCACCUCGGGCCUCGCCUCCAACUCGAGCUGGUUCCGGGAGAAGAAGAGCGCGCUGUCCAUGUGCGUGUCCGUGGUGGCCCCGACUGCAGACGGAGGCCUCAACCUCACCUCCACCUUCCUCAGGAAAGAGCAGUGUGAGACGCGGACCCUGCUGCUGCGGCCGGCAGGAACCCCGGGCUGCUACAGCUACACCAGCCCGCACUGGGGCAGCACCCACGACGUGUGGGUGGUGACGACAGACUAUGACGAGUUUGCGCUUCUCUACACUGCGGGCACCAAAGGUCUCGGCCGGGACUUCCACAUGGCCACCCUCUACAGCCGCACCCAGACCCCAAGGGCCGAGAUAAAGGAGAAAUUUAGCAACUUUGCCAAGACCCGGGGCUUCACAGAGGACACCAUUGUCUUCCUGCCACAGACCGAUAAAUGCAUGGAGGAGCACAAGUAGGUGACCCCGGCCCUCAGGACCUGGCCAUCCUGCCCUGCUCUGCUCUCUCCUCCAAGACCCCCGAGCUCCCAGCCCUGGCUCCUCCCUGCCCCCACCUGUGCCCCCUCAGGCUUCCUCCUGGCUCUGAGAAUAAACUCCAGAAGCAAAUCAGCA